UCUCUCUCUCUCUUUUCUCACGUGAGAACUUCGAUUCAAAUCCCAGCAUGGAGGAGGUGAUGAAUCCCCACACGUGCAAGCCCAUCUCGCCGUCGCCGGCCCUCGCCAUACGCAAGGAAUCGCAUCUGGCAUCGAAAUUCAAGCCAAAAAUACGCAUUGUCCACAUAUUCGCGCCGGAGAUCAUAAAAACCGACGUGGCGAAUUUCAGGGAGCUGGUGCAAAGGCUCACAGGGAAGCCGGCCCGGAGGAGGGCCGGAAAGAAGAAGAAGGCGCCAGCCACAUCAAGCGACGUAUCGGAGAGCGACGCAUCAGAGAGCACGUGGUUCAAUCCAGCGGAGGGGAUGGGCGAGUUGGGAAGCGGGCCGCAGGGAUUGGGGUUUAGUGAGAGACUGAAAGAGGAGGAAGAGGAGAUGUGGGGAGUUGAGAAUUCGAGUUUCUUUGGUGGGUUGGGAGAUUUGGAUAGUUUUAUUCAGGGGCUGAGUGAAUUUCCAUUAGUUCCAUUGAGUUCUUCUCAUUUGGAUGUGUUUGGGGAAACACACCUUUCUUAGAAAUCCAUCUUCUUUUCAUUUGGGUGUGUUUGGGUCGACACAUAUUUCUUAGAAAACCAUAGUUUCAAUGCAAGUUUUUAAAUUAUUUUUUUUAAGGUGUGGGUUUUGUUCCUUGUUGGGUUUUAGAUGUGGGUUUUUCUUAAUUCCAUCUAUUUAUCUUUCUUUCUCCUCCUUUUUUUUUUUUUUUUUUCUUU